AUGGCUCAGCAAAUUCCAUAUGCUGUUACAUCAAAUCUCAUUCGCAGGUUGGCUUCCACAGAUUUUAUUGAAUUUGGACAGAAUUAUGAUGUAACGGAAGAAUUGGAAGAGCUAAAGAGGACAAUUGAAUCUAUCAAUGAUGUGCUCCUUGAUGCUGACCACAAACAAGAUCAAAUUCGUGUGCGAAAUUGGAUAAUGCACUUCAAAGAAGUACUUCAUCGCGCAGAUGACUUGUUGGAUGACCUUGCUAUCGAAUUUAUGAAACACAGCUUAGAUGAGGAACGAGAAAAAGUAGUCACAAAGAUACUUUAUCCCAUUUCAUCUUCAAAUCUUAUUGAUUUUCCCAUUCAAAUGGCUGAAGAAAUUAAAACAACACGAGAAAGUUUUGAUGCUGUAGUAAAAGGUAUGUAUAAUUUGAAUUUAUGCCCAAGAUCUACGGUGGUCAAGCAAAUUGACAGUGGAUGGAGGGAAACGUGUUCUUUUGUGUCAGAGACAGAUAUCAUUGGAAGAGAUGAUAGUAAAAAGGAGAUUAUUGGUCUGUUGAGACAACCUCAUGAAAAGCAAAAAGUUUCUGUGAUUGCCAUUGUUGGCCUUGGUGGUUUGGGGAAGACAGCUCUUGCACAAUUGGUGUAUAAUGACUUGGAAGUGCAGAAUUUUUUUGAAAUGAAAAUGUGGGUGUGUGUCUCUGACAACUUUAACGUUAAAACUAUUCUGAAGAAAAUAUUAGAAUCAAUUACGGAUGGCCAAAGACAAGACCAAUCAUUAGAAAAGUUGCAAAAAGAGCUUCAUAAAAGUUUAAGUGGUAAGAAAUAUUUGUUGGUCUUGGAUGACAUUUGGAAUGAGAGUCAUAAAAAGUGGGUUGAAUUGAAAAGUUACUUGAUGUGUGGUGCUCAAGAUAGUAAGAUUUUAGUCACAACUCGAAGUGAAAUUGUAACAAAGACAAUGACUAGCACUUCCUAUCCUUUAAAAAGUUUGACUGAAGAAGAAUCUUGGAGUUUGUUGAAGAACAUUGCAUUUGAGGAUGAUUUCAAAGGAGUGAAUCAAAAUCUAGAAUCAAUGGGGAAAGAAAUAGCAAAAAAAUGUAGAGGAGUUCCACUAGCAGUUAAAACUCUGGGAGGCCUGUUAAGAGGACAAAAUAAAGAAAGUGAAUGGGAAGAUGUUUUACGCGGUGACUUCUGGAAAAUAUGUGAAGAGCAAGAAGAUAUCAUGCCAAUUCUAAGACUCAGUUACCUAAACUUGUCCCCAGAGAUGAGACAAUGUUUUGCUUACUGCUCUUUGUAUCCCAAGGAUUGGAUAAUUUUCAAGGAUGAGUUGAUUCAGUUAUGGAUGGCACAAGGUUACCUUCAAUGUUCAACUGAUAAACAACAUAUGGAAGAUAUUGGUAACCAAUUUGUAAGGAUGUUUUUGAUGAACUCGUUCUUUCAAGAAGCGAGAAGUGAAUAUGGUGAGAUCAUUAGUUUCAAAAUGCACGAUUUAAUGCAUGAUCUUGCAAUGCUAGUAGCUGGCAAUGAUUAUUGCUACUUGGAUAAUAAGGCAGCAAAAGUUGAAGGUAGACCCAUGCACGUAUCAUUAGAAUCUGAGGCCAUCCAUCUAUUGGAUUCAUUGAAUGCAAGCAGACUGCGAACCUUGAUUGUCUGGUCUGAUUCUUACACUGAGCAGGAAUAUUUGGAAUAUUUUUCUGUCAUUUCAAAUUUCAAAUAUUUACGUGUCUUGAAGAUGUUGCCCUCUUCGUUUUGCAUAUUGCCUGAUUCAGUUGGAAAAUUGAAGCAUUUAAGAUAUCUUGAUUUGGGUCACCCAUUUUACUCUUCCAGGACAUUAGGACAAAUAAGUCUUCCCAAAUCCCUAAGCAAUCUUAUUCUCUUACAAACAUUAAAAUUUGUGGCAUGCGAAGAAAAAUCAUUUUCUGAAGUGGUCUCAAAAUUAGUCAAUUUGAGAUGUCUUGAAAUUACUGACGAUGAGGAUGACCCCUUGAGUGGGAUGGCAGUUGGGUUGGGAAAAUUAUGCUCUUUGCAAUUCUUAUCGACCUUUGUUGUGGGAGACAGCCAAGAAAUAAAAUAUGGCACACUAAAUGAACUGAAGAACUUAAACCUCAGAGGAGAAUUAAAAAUUAAGCAUCUCGAUAGGGUCAGAGACGUGGCUGUGGAAUCACAUGAUGUAAAUUUAAAAGAAAAAAAAUUCCUUCAUUCCUUGACUCUAGAUUGGUUUGAUACAAAGCAUGGGGAAAUUUGUAACAGUGACAGCAAACAAUUAUUAGAAAACCUUCAGCCCCACCACAAUCUUAAGAUAUUGGAGGUGAAUUAUUACCCAGGCGUUGUUUUUCCAAAUUGGCUUUCUCUCCUCACAAAUGUUGUUAGUAUCACUCUCUAUGAGCUUACUAAUUGCCACCGUCUCCCACCGUUGGAACGUCUCCCGUCUUUGAAGUCACUUGUGAUCAAGUCUCUUUAUGAAUUGGAAUACAUAUAUCUCUAUGAAGAUGGUUUUGCAGUAACCUUCUUCCCCUCUUUGGAGAGCCUGACAUUAUUUGACAGUCCCAAGCUUAAGGGAUGGUGUUGGCGUGGAGUCGAUAUCAAUAAUUCUAAAAAUUCACAUAAUCUCUCCUUACCUCCUUUGUUUCCUCUUCUUUCUCAACUGGAAAUCAUUCAGUGUCCAAAGUUGACUUGCAUGCCUGCUUUUCCAAACGUUGAGGUUUUAGAUUUGAUUUAUUGCAGUGCGGAGCCAUUUAUAGCAACGCUGAACACAAUGGUUUCAACGUGUUCACAUGACUCAUCUUCAUCCGCUGCUCCUCUUACCAUGCUCCAACAGUUAGGCAUUUCUGAUUCUGUGAACAUAAAAGCUUUCCCAAAGGGUUGGAUGCAAAAACUAACUUCUCUCGACUCUCUUGAAAUUAAAUUAUGUGAAAGUGAAACACUUGAGGAAUUUGCAAACGGGUUUAAGGACGACACCAACUGCCUUACCUCUCUGAGACAAAUCACCAUAAAUUUGUGUGAAAACCUAAAGGCUUUGCCAGAUUGGAUUUGCAACCUCUCCUCGCUUCAGCAUAUCUCAAUCUUGGAUUGCCCAAAAUUGGCAUCGCUGACGGAAGGAAUGAGUCGUCUUACCAACUUAAAGAUCUUUGAGGUCAACUAUUCUUCCCUCUUAAUUAAAGAAUGCAGAACAGAGACAAGUGCUGUUAGUCGCCAAAUCGCAUACAUCCCACAAAUUAUUCUGAAUGAUUAUGAAGCCUCAACUGGUGACUUGUUUGAAAGAAACGCAAGCAAGUGGAGUGCAAUUGGUUUGGGAUGGCGGAGUAGGUCCUGUGCAGAGAUUCUUCUUGAGACACUGCUGGCUAUUUCCUUGGGAGAAUUUUUUAAGUCAUUAUGUGUCACUUGGACAGCUAUGGCUGCUAGAGGUAGACCUGCUGGUGCUACAAAUGAACUCCUGGAGCGCAUGACCCAAGUCUUAGAGACUUUGGCACAUAACCAGGAGGCUGAACCAGCCGAGUAUAGAGGACUUUCUUCUUUUACUAGGCAUAACCCUCUGAAAUUUGAGGGAAAGUUUGAUCCUGAGGGAGCUCAGAGAUGA